GGUUUUAUUUUUUUUUUUUACUGUCGCUCAGGCUGUUUUGGGUCUGAGGAGGUGGAAACAGGAUUUCAUGUAGCAUGAUUACUCUGUCUGAGCUGUCACAGUAGUCCUGGGUAUUACCUUAAUGGCCCAGUGACAGGUUGGUCCAUCAGUCUGAGACUUUGGAGGGCAUUUCUGCCAAUGUCUCUUUGUGGCACAUCUACCAGUGCAACAAUGAUGGCGGCGUACAAUGGGGGUACGUCAACGGCGGCUGGGGGUCACCACCAUCACCACCACCAUCAUCUGGCCCACUUGCCCCCUCCUCACUUACACCAUCACCACCACCUUCAUCCCCAGCAUCACUUGCACCCAGGCUCAGCUGCUGCUGUGCACCCUGUCCAGCAGCAUGUUUCUUCUUCCUCUGCCUCCUCUUCCUCGGCUGCCGCUGCUGCAGCUGCUGCCGCCGCCGCUGCAGCAGCUAUGCUGAAUCCAGGCCAGGCCCAGCCGUACUUCCCAUCUCCUGCUCCUGGACAGGCCCCAGGGCCAGCUGCAGCUGUAGCCCCUGCGCAGGUGCAAGCGGCGGCCGUGAAAGCUCACCAUCAUCAACACUCUCAUCAUGCUCAGCAAUUGGAUAUUGAACCUGAUAGGCCAAUCGGCUACGGAGCCUUUGGAGUUGUCUGGUCAGUGACGGAUCCAAGAGACGGAAAGAGAGUUGCUCUCAAAAAGAUGCCCAACGUCUUCCAGAAUCUAGUCUCUUGCAAAAGGGUCUUCCGAGAAUUGAAGAUGUUGUGUUUUUUUAAACAUGACAACGUACUCUCUGCACUUGAUAUUCUCCAACCUCCUCACAUUGAUUAUUUUGAAGAAAUAUAUGUUGUCACAGAAUUAAUGCAGAGUGACCUCCAUAAGAUCAUUGUCUCUCCUCAGCCUCUCAGUUCAGAUCACGUCAAAGUUUUUUUAUAUCAGAUAUUAAGAGGUCUGAAGUAUUUGCAUUCAGCUGGUAUUUUACAUCGAGACAUUAAACCAGGGAACCUACUUGUGAACAGCAACUGCGUUCUAAAGAUUUGCGAUUUCGGAUUGGCAAGGGUUGAAGAACUCGACGAAUGUCGUCAUAUGACUCAGGAAGUUGUCACUCAGUAUUAUCGAGCUCCAGAAAUCCUGAUGGGGAGCCGUCAUUACACCAACGCUAUAGACAUCUGGUCUGUGGGAUGCAUUUUUGCGGAGCUGUUGGGGCGAAGAAUAUUGUUUCAGGCGCAAAGUCCAAUACAGCAGUUGGAUUUAAUCACAGAUUUGUUGGGAACACCAUCACUUGAAGCAAUGAGGACGGCUUGCGAAGGCGCCAAGGCACAUAUACUCAGGGGUCCUCAUAAACAGCCAUCUCUUCCUGUCCUGUACACGCUGUCCAGCCAGGCCACGCAUGAAGCUGUUCAUCUGCUUUGCAGGAUGUUAGUCUUUGAUCCAUCAAAGCGCAUAUCUGCUAAAGAUGCCCUGGCUCACCCGUACCUGGACGAAGGCCGGCUGCGCUAUCACACCUGCAUGUGCAAAUGCUGUUUCUCCACGUCUACUGGGAGGGUCUAUACCAGUGACUUCGAACCCAUCACAAACCCAAAAUUUGAUGACACUUUCGAAAAGAACCUCAGUUCCGUACGGCAGGUGAAAGAAAUCAUUCAUCAGUUUAUUUUGGAGCAGCAGAAAGGAAACAGAGUGCCGCUCUGCAUCAACCCUCAGUCUGCAGCGUUUAAAAGCUUUAUAAGUUCCACUGUGGCUCAGCCGUCUGAGAUGCCACCAUCUCCGCUGGUUUGGGAAUAAGCGUGGAAGACAUACUACUGAAAAUGUCAUGUAGCUUUCCACUGGAGUCUGGGAACGGCAAUUCUGAAGGCCGACUGCGCUUGUACUGUAAUAUUUGCUAAAUAAGGUGUAACGUAUCAACCACUAUGUGUAAAAUGUUAAUCAUUUUAAUGGCAAGAUGGUGUACUAUGGACUUUCAGUCCUACUAAGUCAGUGGUUGUAUCCAACACAGAAUUGCUUAUUUUAUGCAUUCUAAGCAGUUUUGAGGCUCAGAACAAUUUGACAAUGGCACCAAAUUUAAAGGGGUUUUAGGGGUGUUACUUUUUUUUUCUCUUUGGUGGGGGAAGGGAUCUUUGUAGAGGUUUCUUCUUGGUUUUUAAAUAUUGGUUUAUUUAUUUUUUAAUGAAUGUGCACAUUUUUUUUUUUUUUUUUUUUUUAUACUGAGCCAUUCCUAAAGCCUCGUAAAUUAUGUUAAUACAAGCAAUUAGACUUUAGAGACUGUCUGGAGACAAAUCAUGAAGUACUUCCCUAGAAGAGAAAUGGGCUACAAGGAGCAAAAGUCAUCUACGUAUCUUGAUGACCUUGGACUAGCACUGGACUGGAGACAUUUUUCUACUCACUUGGAAACCGAUGGUUUGUGGUUAGAAUGAGUGCGUCUGCGACUAGAGGGACGGGAACUUUGAUUCCUUUCCCAAUAUAAAUAUAUAAAAUAUAUAUUUAAUCUAUUUUUCUUAGAUUUAAUUUUCUUUCUUACCUUUUAACUUGUGGGCAUGCCUCAUUCAUCAGUGUAAAUAAUGCCAUCCGUGGGUUUCAUUUAUGAGGGACCCAUUCAUUUUCCCGCUGUAAGAAAAAAAAAAAAAAGUGAGCUAGCUUGCACAAUUUAAUCAUCAAUGUUUUUUUGUGACUUUUAAUUCAUUUUAUUUUAUUCAAUCUUGCACUGGGCAGUUUAAACAAUAAAAGCAGAACAUAGGGGUUGUACUUAACUGUGUUUGUGUACCUAGGCAAAGCAGCUGUGGAAGUAUUGAAGUGUCACAGUAGAGAAUUAUUUUAAGAACUUUUCUUUUUUUCCUCCGUUUCUAUAUGAACACUGAAAUAUUUUGUGUAUAUGUAUAUACAAACACGUACUGAAGGCCUCUACCUCCUGGAGUUUACAGCUCAGCUUGUUUCACUCCAAAUUAUUAUUUUUAGGUUCAGUGUGCAGACUUGAAACUUGAAUGUUCCUUCCAACUUUUGUAAACAUUACAAUACAAUAAAAGAACAUUUAAUAUUGCUUUGCACCUAUAUCAAAUAAUUUGAAUGGCUUACCCUUGUGUGAAUCCAAAAAUCAACAUUUUGAAGGAAGACCCUGGUAUUUGUUAUGGACAGUUGUUGAAUUUAUUGUAAUUUAUCGCAGAAGAAUAUUUUUAUCUUGAAUGAGCUGGAGGAUAGGAGGACACAAAGCAAUUUUUGGUUUAUAUUCCUUUUUUUUUUUCUUUUUUUUUUCAGGGAAGUUUUUAUCUUCAAUGAAGUCAUUUUGCUGUGAAAAGUUUGUGUUCUUUCUGUAUCCAAAUUGCAGAUAUAUUUUGGUAUCUUCCUAGUUUCAUUUUUCUUCUAUAAAGUGGCUUCUGAGAAAUCAGGGCAAAAAAACCCCCAAAUGAAACAUUUUGAUGGGAUUUGUUUGCAAAACACAAUAUCGUCACGAAAAUAAUAAAAACGUGAAGUGAAAUGGGUUAUAUCUUCGAGGGUGGUCGAAUGAGACACUUGCUGGUCACUUUGUAAAUGUAGAUUUGAAGUACAGUGGUGAAAACAUUAAAUGUGACAUUAAAAAGUUA